CAAUUAAUUCUUCCCUUACCCUAUAUAAGUAGCAAUCGCAUCCCUUAAUCCGAUCAAAAUUUUCAAUUCCCCUCCAAAAUAUGAUGGUCUCACUAACCAAUUCGCAAGAGUCAACGGCCAUCGCAGUUGUAAUGGUUCCUCUUCCCAUGCAAGGACAUCUGAACCCUCUCCUCCACCUCUCCGCCCACCUCGCCACCCGCGGCAUCGCCGUCCACUACGUCAGCUCCGCUACACACAAUCGACAAGCAAGCCAACGCUUUCAUGGCUGGAACCUCUCCUCCUCCUCCUCCCCCACUUCCUCUCAUCUCCACUUCCACGACCUCCCCUUCACCUCCCUCCCCUUGCCUUCCCCUUACCCCUCUCCCAAUUCCGCCACCACCAAAUUCCCCUCUCACCAUCAAGCUUCCUUUGACGCUUCAACCUCCCAGCUCCUCCCCCACCUCUCUCCCAUCCUCCUUUCGCUCUCUCUAUCCCACCGCCGCGUCGUCCUCCUCCAUGACUCGUCCAUGUCCUUCGCCAACUCCGCCGCUUCCCCCAAAAUAGAGUCCUUCUCUUUCCACACCUCCUCCGCCAUCUCCAACCUCUUCUUCCUCGGAAAAUCCGAGCUCUGCCAAGCCAAGUUAAUCUCUUGUUUCGGUGAAGAGUUCCUCGAUUGGGUUUGGCAGCAGCGGAGGAUCCCAAUUGCCGUCAAAGGCAGGAUUUUUAACACUUGCCGGAGCAUCGAAGGCGAGUUUCUUAACCAGCUUUCGAGCGAGCCGGCGUGGAAGGGGCAAAGGAUAUUUGCCAUCGGUCCGCUUAAUCCUAUUCUGGCAGACCGAGGGCGGAGCGACGAGCGGUGUCUGAAGUGGCUUGAUCGGCAGCCUGUAGCUUCGGUGGUGUAUGUUUCGUUCGGGACGACGGCGACGAUGACGAGGGAGCAGGAGAAGGAGAUUGCGGCGGGACUGGAGGAAAGCGGGGAGAGGUUUAUUUGGGUUCGUCGGGAAGCUGAUCGCUGCAAUAUAUUUGAGACUGAGGGGAAAGAGGAAGAGGAAGAGGAUUCGGCAUUGGCAGAAUUGGAAGAAAGAACGAAGGGGAGGAUCGUGGUGGUGAGAGGCUGGGCACCGCAGUUGCAGAUCCUGGCCCAUCCGUCCACCGGUGGCUUCCUAAGUCACUGUGGAUGGAACUCGUGCAUGGAGGCGAUGAGCAACGGGGUGCCAAUCCUCGCAUGGCCAAUACACUCCGAUCAGCCGACGAACACAGUUCUUGUCACGAAGAUUCUGAAGGUGGGGAUGGUCGUCAAAGAGUGGUCGGAUAAGGACGAAGUGGUGGCAGCGGCGACAGUGAAAGACGCAGUGGUGAAGCUGAUGGUAGGGGAUGAAGGGGGGGAGGUAAGGAAGAAGGCAAGGGAAGUUGGAGAGAGCCUGCGAGCUGCAGUAGUGGAUGGAGGGAGCUCCAAAGAAGAUUUUGAUGAGUUCGUUAACUAUAUUUGUAGAUUGUAGGCCAUGAAAAUAUUUGUGUCACACUAUUCACAGAAAUUUAUGUUUUAGCGUAAAUGAGGAUGAGAAAGAAUCUAUAUAUAUGGAAUAUAUUUCUU